UCACAGCGAUCGUUUAGUAAGGACUAAGUUUGAAGUCAAUGUUUCUAGAUGUACAUAAUUAAUACUUCCUUGGCGGGCCUAUUCAAGUCAGCGUGGAUAGCAUUUAUUAUGUUGAUUGUGAAGUUAGAAGAAAAGAAGACUCGCCGUAAGUUAUGGAUAGGUCCUGCCACCGUGUGGUCUGGAUGAUGUACAUGGUGGUAGCUAUUUAACCAGUGUUACGGUGACUACUGUCAUGGGGACGUGCUCCUCGGGGCAAGCACGCCAUCACCAGGAGAAGGAACUUACGGAUGUCCUAAUGAUGUAUUCGAAGCUGGUCCAACCAGACGUUUUUGCAUUCCUGAUAGACUUUUUAAAACAACAUGAAAUUAUUUCGAAUUCAUGGACAAGUGUGACAAAGAAGCUUUCUUCUGCUCCACGACCAAGAUCUACAUCAAAAGCAGAACAGCGGUGCAAAACAAGUAAACAAGAAGAGAAGGAUGACAGUAGCAAGUCUCUUUUAGAACAAAUACAGCAAAACGACAAUCAAGAGGAUGAAAUAAAACGCUUAACAAAUGAAAUUAAGGCUCUGAGGAAAAAAGUUAGAACACUGGAGAGGCGGUCAACAGAAUCAGUUGAAUUUGGAUGCGACCCUGAAUCUCUGCACCGUGAUCAAACCAAGGAAAGGAAGGGAGACGAAGUUCAUUCAACAGCAGACAAACCAACACGCUUGAAACAGGAAGCACAAAUAACCAGACCUAAUGUUUGUGUGACGGGGAAAGGAAUCAAACAUCUUAACAAGGAGAUGUAUAUUGAUAAGAAACAGAUUGUGCCUGAAUCAGAAAGCAUUCAAGAACAGUUCUCUGACACAAAGACUAAAGAAAAAGGAAUGUGUAAACAAAGUGCUUGCGAGGAAGAAAGAAAACAUUUCCUAUCAAAAAUCAAACAAUUUGAGGAAACGAUUGGGAAAUUGCAAACCAAAAUCAGCACCAGUGAAAACAACCGACCAAUGCGGCAUGCUACCGGGAAACAGCCAACGCUUCGAGAGGGGGAAAUGGCACACUUGUCCUCAAACAUGAAGGAAACCGAGCAAAAGAAUGAAGCACUGAAAGAAAAACUUGGUGUCAGUGAGGACGAAGUAAAGGCUCUACGGUUAAACAAAGACCAAUUGACAAGAGAAUUGAAAACAGAACAACAGAAACAUCACACCACCCGUACAGACCUCGGGGAACAGAUAGCGUCACUAAGGGGAGAUAACACCGCGCUGUCGUCUACAGUCGAAAAGUUACAACAGAAUGUUGCUGUGUUGGAAAGAAAAAUCGUUGCCAGUGAAGAGGAUCUGAAAACUGUGAGGUUGAACAAAGACCAUUUGGCACAGGAACUGGAAACUGUUCGACAGGAACAUCUCACCACCCGUACAGACCUGGAGAAACAGAGAGUGUCACUAAGGGGAGAUAACAAUGUACUGUCGUCCAAAGUCAAAACAUUACAGCAAAAUGUUGCUGUGUUGGAAACACAACUCGGUGUCAGUGAAGAUGAGCUGAAGACUCUACGGUUAAACAGAGACCAUAUGACGCAGGAACUGGAAACAGAACAACGGAAUCAUCACACCACUCGUACGGAACUCGGGGAACAGAUAGUGUCACUAAGGGGAGAUAACACUGUAUUGUCAUCUAAAGUCGGCAAGUUUCAACAGAAUGUUUCUGUGUUGGAAAAACAACUCGUUGCCUGUGGAGACGAACUGAAGGUUGUAAAGUUCAACGAAGACAUAUUGACUCAGGAACUGGAAAGAAAACAACAGACUUGUGCGGACCUGGAGGAAUAUAUCGUGUCCCUCAAGGGAGAUAACACUGCAAUGUCGUCGACAGUCGAAAAACUAAAACGAGAUGUUGCUAUGAUGGAAAGGCAGCUCGAUGCAGAGUAUCAACAAUCUCAAAAAAUAUUUCUGGAGGCCGGAGAAGCCGUGGGUAUGUUGGACCGGCAGUGGAGAGUCGAACCUAUAUUUGAUCACCAGUACCUACAGAACAUAAAGGAUGAGGUUGAACAGUACUGGCCUCUCAGAGAUACGGGUGUGUCCAUGGAUGCCUUACGACACGUGAACAUUCUAUUUAUUGGACCCAUUGGCGCCGGGAAGUCCAGCUUUCUCAAUUCAGUAGAAUCUGCUUUCCGUGGCCACGUGACUAUAACUGCUGGUGCCGGUAGCCGAACUAAGAGUGUAACAUCUAUGUACCGACAGUAUCCAGUUCGAGCCUCGGACAACAGACACACCAUGAAAUUGCGGCUGUGUGACUGUAGAGGACUUGAGGAUAGAAUCGGUAUCAGCAGAGACAUUGAUUCCAUUCUAGAAGGACAUAUGCCCGACGAUUAUGCGUUUAACACCUCCUUCCCGUUGACAUGGAACAUGCAUGGAUACAAACACAACCCGAGCCUGGAGGACAGAAUUCACUGUGUUGUGUACGUCCUGGAUGCUGAGACAUACUCCGGGGAACUCGGUAUACCCUUUGUGACAGAGCCUGUGAGGGAGCAAAUCAAGACCAUCCAGGAAGCUGUAGACCAGAGAGGAAUUCCCCAACUCGCUAUAUUGAGUAAAGUGGACAAUAUUUGUGAAGCAACUAAACAGCACACAGCCAUGGUGUAUCGGAGUCCAAUCAUAAGACAAAGGUGUGUAGACGCUGCCGGCUGUCUCGGGUUACCGCCAAUGACGGUGAUGCCGAUGAAGAACUACUUUUGGGAAACGUCUACCAAAGACGAUAUUAGUAUCCUUGCGCUGUACAACAUCCGGCAAAUGUUGCGAGCAGCCGAUUCUUUCCUUCGCGCCAACCACCUCGACGAACUUCGGGCGGAUAGACACAAAUAACUGUAUCUGCAAGGUGAUACGACCAAGAUAGAAACAUCUGGUUACGUGAAAAAAAUAUUUUCAGAUUCUCAGGCGAGGAUUCAAAAAAGGUGCUACCUGUCUUCGUAUGUGUAUAUUGUACUUGUGUUUUUUUAGAAAUGCAGAAUACAUAAACUCUGGUUGUGUUGAAGCUUUAACAGAUAUCCUAGCAUAAAAUAAAUCAGUAUUCUAAUAUGUAUUUUACCCGUUGGUUUUUGACGCGUUUCUUUAUCAUGAAUGAUUGAUUUAAUUGGCAUUGCCCAUGGUAAAUGGUUAUGAAACAGUAUUUGUGAUUUGUGAUUUUAUCUGACCAAAUUUUCGGAAUAGUAUACUAUCGUACAAUACAAUGAUAUGGUGAUCACAUUUUUCUGCAGUGGUCAGUAGCGGUUUCAUUAAAAAAAAGUGCUGUUUUCCUUACGUUACAAGUAAAGGUAGCUGGCAGGUUGUGAGUUGAUUAUUCGUGUUAUCCAGUGUUUAUAUACAUACCCUUUGUUCACCUAUAAAUUAUUAAAUUGUUAAAUUGACUUUAUCCCCGUUUUCAUCCUGAUUUCACUGACCAGCCAGCUAGUUCUAUAUAGACUUUUUGUAAGUCUCAAAUAUAAAACGUCCAUGAAGAAAUAUUUUCUUGGAAGCUCAAGAGGGUGCAGACUUACACCCUCGACAAUUUCCGUUAAAUCUAGUCAUAUACACCAAUCAACAAGAACAUCCUCACACGAAUAUCAAACCCUGGGGUGAUGGAUUUUGACAAGUUUGUCUGCAGAGGUAAGAUGUUCACAUAUAAAAACACAUCCCCAUACUAAUAACAAACAAAUUAACAAGCUUGCUGUUAAAUUAUGUAGAGGCAAGAUGUUCACACAUAAACAGCACAUCCUCAUACAAAUAACAAACAAAUUAACAAACUUGCUGUUAAACUAUGUAGAGGCAAGAUGUUCACACAUAAACAGCACAUCCUCAUACAAAUAACAAACAAAUUAACAAGCUUGCUGUUAAACUAUGUAGAGGCAAGAUGUUCACACAUAAACAGCACAUCCUCAUACAAAUAACAAACAAAUUAACAAGCUUGCUGUUAAACUAUGUAGAGGCAAGAUGUUCACACAUAAACAGCACAUCCUCAUACAAAUAACAAACAAAUUAACAAGCUUGCUGUUAAACUAUGUAGAGGCAAGAUGUUCACACAUAAACAGCACAUCCUCAUACAAAUAACAAACAAAUUAACAAGCUUGCUGUUAAACUAUGUAGAGGCAAGAUGUUCACACAUAAACAGCACAUCCUCAUACAAAUAACAAACAAAUUAACAAGCUUGCUGUUAAACUAUGUAGAGGCAAGAUGUUCACACAUAAACAGCACAUCCUCAUACAAAUAACAAACAAAUUAACAAGCUUGCUGUUAAACUAUGUAGAGGCAAGAUGUUCACACAUAAACAGCACAUCCUCAUACAAAUAACAAACAAAUUAACAAGCUUGCUGUUAAACUAUGUAGAGGCAAGAUGUUCACACAUAAACAGCACAUCCUCAUACAAAUAACAAACAAAUUAACAAGCUUGCUGUUAAACUAUGUAGAGGCAAGAUGUUCACACAUAAACAGCACAUCCUCAUACAAAUAACAAACAAAUUAACAAGCUUGCUGUUAAACUAUGUAGAGGCAAGAUGUUCACACAUAAACAGCACAUCCUCAUACAAAUAACAAACAAAUUAACAAGCUUGCUGUUAAACUAUGUAGAGGCAAGAUGUUCACACAUAAACAGCACAUCCUCAUACAAAUAACAAACAAAUUAACAAACUUGCUGUUAAACUAUGUAGAGGCAAGAUGUUCACACAUAAACAGCACAUCCUCAUACAAAUAACAAACAAAUUAACAAACUUGCUGUUAAACUAUGUAGAGGCAAGAUGUUCACACAUAAACAGCACAUCCUCAUACAAAUAACAAACAAAUUAACAAACUUGCUGUUAAACUAUGUAGAGGCAAGAUGUUCACACAUAAACAGCACAUCCUCAUACAAAUAACAAACAAAUUAACAAACUUGCUGUUAAACUAUGUAGAGGCAAGAUGUUCACUGAUACAAAACGUCAUCAUAUUAAUAACAAACAAGUCAGUUAUUUGGCCUGGAAGUUACUACAGAGGAUAUGGACGAUAAAGAUCGGGAUAAUAAAAUCGCCACAGUUGUUAUAGAGCGGUUGUAAGCUUAAGGCGACUGUAUUUGUUAAAAUAUGAAGGUUAAACUUCUAAAGGAGGAGUCUGUGGUGUCGUCACGGUUGACUGAUUUUGGUAGUGAAUUGACUGUGUUGUCAUGGUGUGUUCUUUUUUCUCCCACUUUUUUUUAAAAAACAUAGAGGCAGUAAUGUUGUGAUAGCAGUUAUAG